GUCUCAAGCAACUCCCCCCAAAAGAGCCCCAGCUACUCCAUCUCCCAAAGGGACCCCCACUGCCCCCAGCUAUGGCUCCUCCCACUCCCAAAGGGGGCCCAGCAACUCCAUCUCCCAAAGGGGCCCCCACUGCCCCACCUCUGGCUCCUCCUUCCCCCAAAGGGAGCCCAGCAACCCCAUCCCCUAAAGAGACCUCCACUCCCCCAGCUGUGGCUCCUUCCUCCCCCAGAGGGUCUCAGUCAACUCCCAUAGAGUGCCCAGCUACCCAAUCUCCCAAAAGAGCCCCAACUACUCCAUCCCCUAAAGAGAACACUCCCCCAGCUGUGGCUCCUUCCUCCCCCAAAGAGUGCCCACCUAUCCAAUCUCCCAAAAGAGCCCCAACUACUCCAUCUCCCAAGGGGGGCCCAGGAACCCCAUCUCCUAAAAACUCCACUCCCCCAGCUGUGGCUCCUUCCUCCCCCAAAGUGUGCCCAGCUACCCAAUCUCCCAAAAGAGCCCCAACUACUCCAUCUCCCAAAGGGGCCCCCACUGCCCUAUCUGUGGCUCCUCCCUCCCCCAAAGGGGGCCCAGCAACCCCAUCUGCUAAAGAGACCAUUCCCCCAGCUGUGACUCCUUCCUCUCCCAAAGGGCCCCCCACUACCCCAUCUAUGGCUCCUCCCUCCCCCAAAGGGGGUCCAGCAAUCCCAUCUGCUAAAGAGACCUCCAUUCCCCCAGCUAUGACUCCUUCCUCCCCCAAAGAGUCCCCAGCUACCCAACCUCCCAGAGGGGCCUCCACCCCCCCGAGUUAUGGCUCCUUCCUCUUCCAAAGAGUCCCAAGCAACUCCAGCAACUCCAUCUCCCAAAGGGGGCCAAGCAACCCCAUCCCCUAAAGAGACUUCCACUCCCCCAACCGGGGCUCCUUCCUCCCCCAGAGAGUCCCCAGCUACCCAGCCUCCCAAAGGGACCCUCACUGUAGCUGAUCCCUCCCCCAAAGAGUCUCAAGCAACUCCAGCCCCCAAAAGAGCCCCAGCUACUCCACCUCCCAAAGGGCCCCCCACUGCCCCACCUGUGGCUCCUCCCUCCCCCAAAGGGGGCCCAGCAACCCUUUCCCCUAAAGAGACUUCCACUCCCCCAGCUGUUUCUCCUUCCUCAAAAAAAGCCCCAGGUGCCCCAUCUCUCAAAGGGUCCCUUACUCCCUCAGCUGUGACUCCUUCCCCCAAAGAGUCUCCAGAAACUCCAGCCCCCAAAGGGGCUCCAGGAACCCCAUCUCCCAAGGGGCCAUCCACUCCCCCAGCUGUGACUCCUUCCUCCAAAGAGUCUCCGGCAGCCCCAGCCCCGAAAGGGACCUCAGCAACUCCAUCCUCCAAAAGAAUCCCAGGAGGAACUCCAUCCCCCAAGAGAGCCCCAGCUACCCCAUCCAAAGGUGCCCCCACUCCCUCAUCUGAGAGUCCUCCCUCACCCAAAGAGGCCCCUACCUCUCCAGUUUCAGUCACAUGUCCCCUAGGGUCCAUUGCCCCUCUGGCUUCUAAAGGCCUACCAGUAAAGAAAGGCUCCACAGCUUCCAAAGCAGGACUUGUUGCCCCAGCUCCAGAAAGUAUACCAGCUGUCACAGCUCCCUCUGAGAAAGCUCCACUGGCCAAGAAGAGUUCUGCUACUUCACCUUCUGUGUGCCCAGAUCCUUCAGCUAAGAAUGGUACUAAAGGACCCCUUCCUACAAUGGCUCCAGCCCCCCUGACAGUCUCUGCUCAGAAAGUCUCUUCAGAGGCUCCCAAAACCCUUCCUGUUUCUCCAUUAAAAAGCAAAGAUUCUGCCCAUUCCCCAAAGAGCCCUUUGACUCUUCCUCUUGAGUCUGUGACAUCUACUCCUCUAGCAACAGUUUCCUCUGAGAAGGUCCUUCCUAAAGCUGGAUCAGCAUCUAUCCCUCCAGCACCCACCCCAUCAGUCUCUCUGCCUCUCGCUCCCUCCCCAGUUCCCCCUCUGCUUCCUAAACAGCAAUUUCUGCCGUCCUCACCUGGGCUGGUGCUGGAAUCACCCUGUAAGCCCUCAGCCCCUGCUGAUGAGGAUGAGCUGCCGCCUCUGAUUCCCCCGGAACCAAUCUCGGGGGGACUGCCUUUCCAGUCGGUCCUCGUCAACAUGCCCACCCCCAAACCUGCUGGGAUCCCUGCCCCAACCCCCUCUGCCAAGCAGCCUGUUCUGAAGAACAACAAGGGGUCUGGAACAGAAUCUGACAGUGAUGAAUCAGUACCAGAGCUUGAGGAACAGGAUUCCACACAGGCAACCACACAACAAGCCCAGCUGGCAGCAGCCGCUGAAAUUGACGAAGAACCAGUCAGUAAAGCAAAACAGAGCCGGAGUGAAAAGAAGGCACGGAAGGCUAUGUCCAAACUGGGUCUUCGACAGGUUACAGGGGUUACAAGAGUCACUAUCCGGAAAUCUAAGAAUAUCCUCUUUGUCAUCACAAAACCAGAUGUCUACAAGAGCCCAGCUUCAGAUACCUACAUAGUUUUUGGGGAAGCCAAGAUCGAGGAUUUAUCUCAGCAAGCACAACUGGCAGCUGCUGAGAAAUUCAAAGUUCAAGGUGAAGCUGUCUCAAACAUUCAAGAAAACACACAAACUCCAACUGUACAAGAGGAGAGUGAAGAGGAAGAGGUUGAUGAAACCGGCGUAGAGGUUAAGGACAUAGAAUUGGUCAUGUCACAAGCAAAUGUGUCAAGAGCAAAGGCAGUCCGAGCCCUGAAGAACAACAGUAAUGACAUUGUAAAUGCUAUUAUGGUAAGUGUCAAAGCCUUUAUUCCUUGACUUCUUCAGCCCUGACCAGUUCGGGGUGACUUUCUUUUCUGUACUUAAGAUCAGCCAGUUUAGGAAGCUUCAUUCCAAAGCCUAUUUCGAAUUACCUCAUAUUUAGGGGCCUGAAUUCCC